ACAAAACAAAUUACUAAUAGAAGGUUUUCUCCAAAGAGUAAAGAAAAAGAUAGAGAAAAAGACUAGGGAGACAACAAAGUGUGUUAGAAUUGGAAACCAUUCAUCAAAAAGAUGAGAGUUCAACCGGAGAGAAUCAGCAGCACCGGCACAAUGUCACCAUCAAGACGACCACUCCACAUCAACAUCCCACCACCAACCUCCGCCAUGUUCCAACGCAUCCGCCCUUCCCUCGUCACCUCAUUCCUCCAAAAACCACUCUCUCUCCCUUUCGUUCUCUCCAUCUUCCUCUUCCUCGCUUGGAUCUCUCUCCGCUCAUAUCGCACUUCCCAUCCUCUCCACCUCUCUUCCCCAAACGACGACGCUAAAGCUAAUCUCCGGAGAUUCUCUUCCCAUUUCCCUUCACCUAUUACAAAGGAUAAUCGGGGGUGGAUUCUCGAUCCUAUCGCUCUUGCGGCUUCUUCUGGCCUUUCAGGUGGAGCUGUUAAUUGUGGUUCUCUUCAUCUCGGUGAAAUUCGACCGGGGAAGUUUAGAGGGAAUCAUAGACAUCAUGAUUGUAAUGAGACUUUUGUCCUUUGGGGUGCUGCUAUCAAAUUUAGGGUGGAAAACAGUGCGGUAGCUGAUAUUGGUUAUGCUGAGGUGACCAUAGCCAGAGAUGAGGUUAUUGUUGCUGCUAGCGCUGCUCACACAGCUCAUGCUUUAAUAAACAUAGAUCCGGUUCGGAGCGCGUACUUUAUAGGAUGCCAAGAUAGUAUAAUAAACUAUAAUGCCUCAAGUACGGACUUUAAUGUUUGGAAAGAUCUUUAAGUUGUUACUCUGUACAGGUUUCCAUAUCACAUUCCUCUUGAUAAAGUCUAAGAUGUUGCUAAUUCUUAAUAUUACUAUGAUUUUGUUUCCAUACAGAAUGAGAAAGUUUUACCUUUUAGAUGUUUAUAUAAUGUACAGAGCUUAGUUGCAAACUCAGAGAGUAUGAGCUUUUUAUAGGGUUGCAAAGCAGAACGACAGAAUGAAAGGAGGUACAGUUUAUUUAUGCCUUAGUUUAUCAAAGAACGGAGGGAGAAGUUUAUUCACUGAUUGUAAAGAGGCAACAUGAUUUUUGUAUCAAGUUAUCUUUGUUAACUCUUAAAUUUUAAUUGCUUAACUAAGAUAUUGUUAACUCUUAAAUUUUGAUCAAAUUCCAUAUGCAUUGUGGAUGUUGGCCAUAAGUGUAGAUAUCUAUUAUAAAUUUAUAAUUACUCAACAGAUAGUGAAAGAAAUGAUGUUGAUGUCUAUCAAUAUUCAAUACUAAUUCAUAGGGUACAAUUCCUAUCUUCUAUUUUAUUUUUUCAUUGGAAACUGGGUCUGAGUUUGGCUAGUCUGCAGAAUAUACUAUCUUAGCUUAUUGUAUUUUAUUCAAUUAUGCAUAGUAUUCUGUUAGCCUGAUUGAAUUUGUAUUCAAUUAUGCUUGAAAAUAUUCUGCUAACCUGAUUGAUUAGCCACAGAAACUUUGGCCAUUCAAAUUUGUUAGCUUUACAACUUCCUCUUUUGAGUGAGUAUGGGGCAACGGAGUUUCUGUCUUAUGCCCAAACCGAAAUCAGUGAACUAUACAAUGCAAGCUCGUAUGCCCAAACCGAAAUCAGUUAACUAAAUGCAAGAUAGAAUCCUGUAUAUAUUAGACAUCCAAUUGUUUUGACCUUUUCAUGAAUUUAAGUAUGGUAAAAGUUUUUAGUGUUUAUAUGAAUCAAUGUUUAUCACCUUAUUAUAGCAAAUCUUAUAGUUUGCAUGUCUUAGAAUAUCUUUAUUAUCUUACAAGGAAGAUA